UCCUGAGCCACGGAUAAACUGAGAGCAGUAGAGCGCGAGCACGAGAGGGACGGAAGGAGCGUGCGUGUUAAUUCCUCAAAUUAACAAAAAAAAUGCAAAUUAUUACAUUAUUCCAGCUUGUUUCUGCCUCAUUAUUGGCACUGGCUGCCAAUGCAGAGGUGUACUUUAAAGAGCAGUUUCUGGAUGGAGAUGCCUGGAAGAGUCGAUGGGUGAACUCGGAGCACAAAUCUGAUUACGGCCAGUUUAAACUAACCGCCGGAAACUUCUACGGAGAUGCUGAGAAAGACAAGGGUCUGCAGACCAGCCAGGAUGCCCGUUUCUACGCCACCUCUGCCCGCUUCGAGCCCUUCAGCAACGAGGGCAAAACUCUGGUGAUCCAGUUCACCAUCAAACACGAGCAGAAGAUCGACUGCGGAGGCGGAUACGUUAAAGUCUUCCCGGCUGAUCUCAACCAGGCUGACAUGCACGGAGACUCCCAGUAUUACGUCAUGUUCGGGCCUGAUAUCUGCGGCUACAGCACCAAGAAGGUUCACGUCAUCUUCAACUACAAAGGCAAGAACCACCUUAUCAAGAAAGAGAUCAAGUGCAAGGAUGAUGAAUUGACUCACUUGUACACACUGAUCCUGAAUCCGGAUCAGACGUACGAGGUGAAGAUUGACAACGAGAAGGUGGAGUCUGGCUCUCUGGAGGAGGACUGGGACUUCCUGCCCUUGAAGAAGAUCAAGGACCCCGAAGCCAAGAAACCUGAGGACUGGGACGACCGCGCCAAGAUCGACGACGAGACGGACACCAAACCUGAGGACUGGGAUAAGCCUGAGAACAUUCCCGAUCCUGAUGCCAAGAAGCCAGACGACUGGGAUGAGGAUAUGGACGGAGAGUGGGAACCUGCCAUGAUCCCAAACUCAGAGUACAAGGGUGAGUGGAAACCCAAACAGAUCGACAACCCCAACUACAAGGGUGUCUGGGUGCAUCCUGAAAUCGACAACCCUGAGUACACUCCUGAUGCUGCGAUCUACAAAUUCGACAACGUUGGAGUCAUUGGGCUGGAUCUCUGGCAGGUAAAAUCCGGCACUAUUUUUGACAACUUCCUCAUCACCGAUGACGUGAAGGAAGCUGAGGAUUUCGGAAAUGAAACGUGGGGUGCUACAAAGGGUCCCGAGAAGAAAAUGAAGGAGGAACAGGAUGAGAAGAAACGCAAAGAGGAGGAGGAGAAGAACAAGGAGCAGAGCACAGAAGCAGAGGAGGAGGAGGAGGAGGGGGAGGAAGAGGAAGAUGAAGGCGAGGAGGAAGAGGAUGACGAGACCGAAGAGGCUCCAGAGGAGGGAGACGACGAUGAUGCGGUUCCCAAAGACGAACUGUAAUGCAGGAAGUAGAUUACCGUCCACAUUCCGUGGUUGCCAGGGAAACGACUGCAGUGCAUUCAUUCUAAACGCGACGCCCUUAGAGACGCCGAUGAUGUCAAGAUGAUGUCAUACAGGGCAAGCGGGCGAAUGGAAGUUCUCAACCCAUACAUUUAAUUUGCGACCAUUGACCUUUAACGAGCCAGUUUUUUUUGUUAUUGAAGAGUUUUCUGUACAGUACCAGGGAUCUGAUAUGUUUGACAUCUUUUAAUGCUGAUCUACGAUUGUGCCUUUCUUGUUUGCAAAAUCGAUGCCCAUAUUAGUUCAUGUUGUUGGUGUCAGUUAUGUUCAGUUAGUUUGAAAGAACUAGACGAAAUUCAUGAAGUUUACUUGAAUUAUAGUUAUGAAAGCCCGUUUUCACCACUGAAUACAAAAAUAAAAAGAAAAUGUAUCCCACAAUUCUGACUUUUUUUCUCACAAUUCUGAGCUUAUAUCUCACAAUUUGAACUUUCUGUCUUGCACUUCUGAGAAAAAAGUAAGAAUCGCAAGAUAUAAACUCAUUACACUGAGAAAAAAGUCUGAAUUGUGAGCUUUAAAUUGAAAAUGGCAAGAUAAAAAAAUAAGAAUUAUGAGAUAUAAACUUAAAACUGCUAGGUAUAAACUCAAAAUUGCGAGAUAUAAGCUCAAAGUACUGUGAAAAUCUCAGAAUUGUGAGAAGGUUAUUUACAAUUAUUAUUAUUUUUUUUAUUCUGUAGCAGAAACAAAAAGCCUCAGAAUUGCAAGGGAAAAAGUCGGACAAAAACAUCAGAAUUGCGAGAUAUAAACCCAGUAUUCUGACUUUUUUCCCUUGCAGUUCUGAAACAAAAUCUGAACUGUGAUAUAAAGUCACAAUUAAAUUUUUUUUUUUUUUUUUUAAUCCCAUAGUGGAAACGGACUUCCAUAAAUAGUAUGGAAUGGGAUGUUACACAGUUCACAGCUUGCAUAGUUGUUUCUCCACAUUGCAGAAAUGUGAUGAGCGCGAAGUGCGAUGAAACGGAAUAGUAGAGAUGGUGAUUUUCGCUCUAUUGUUAUUAAUGAGAGAUUAAUCAGAUCACAGGCUGGGUUUCAAACUAUGAUGGCCCUCGUUUCUGAAACACAAGCAGAACAAAAUCAGUUUUUUGUGUAAAUUGUUGCAGGAAAACUUACAGCGGUUUACGCAAAUUCAUUCUGCUUUUAUUUCAUCAACGAGAACCGAUGAAUGUUUGUACUGUAGUGCAAAAUAAAUUCACAAUGGCAUAAUGUUCCUUUGGCACUGAUUUAGUUUUGUUCUGUUACCGCAGUUUGUGUGCUGCGUUUGUUAUCCAUUUCCUAAACAAGAUAUUCAGUAAAAUUCCUUUCAUAUUCUAACUCUAUUUAUUACAAAAGUCUUGCAGUUUGAGUUUGUUUCAGCUUUCAGAUUAUCAGUGACAUUUGUGGUGUUCAGUUUGUAGCUGAUGUAAUUAUUAUAAUGUUUUUUAUAUAUAAAAUCUUUUGUUACUUGAAAAUAAAUGGCUACAAUAAGGGAUGUGGUAAUAUUUGCAAAGAUUUGAAGGCCUCAUUAAAAUAAACUAGUUGUCUACACACUGUGAACUAAGUCCCAAAUAUUCGGAUUGGAUUGGUACUGAAAAUCCUGUUUAGUGACAUUAAACCACCUUUUUACAUGUUGAAAGUUGUAAUUAAUGCCAAAGUUUUAAUAAAUAACUUUAUUGUA